AUGUCUCAAGAUGAGAGCCUUGAAGGAUCUCAAGGAUCGGUGAAUUCGGAAUGGGAUUCACUUUCAAUAGAGAAUGGAUCAUCAAAAGGAAAUGGCGAAAAAGGGAAUCAUGCAAGUUGGCCAUUGCAAAGACCAGCUUUGAGGAAACAAAGAUCACAAUCGGCGCAACAAGAUCGAUCUGCAAUUCUUCUCGAUUUGGAGUCACUUGACGUUGGGAAAGAUUGGAAUAUACGAAAACUUUCAAAAAUCAAUCCUCGACAAGUUGGCGAGCUUGUACCACCAAUUGUUUUCACGUCAUCAUCCCGAACAGUCACUCCGGGAAAUUCGCCAAGAAGAGGAACAUCAAAGAAAAUGAAUGGCGGACGAGCAAGUGAACCACGUGAGUUGAAACAAAGAAAAGAAAUCAAU